AUGUCGUUUCGUCCGACCCUCGCCGCUCUCUCUAAAAAAUCAUCUACACAAUGGAUAGCCCGUCAGCGUCGUGACCACUACGUCAAGCAACGAGCAUCUUCGUCUUACAGGUCUCGUUCCGCGUUCAAACUUCUCGAACUCAAUGGCCUGCUCCAUUUCCUCGAUCAUGACGAUGUAAAAGUCGUCCUCGACCUAGGUGCGGCGCCUGGAGGGUGGAGCCAAGUGGUAUCUCAGCGUUUGGGGUAUGGGUCUGACGAAGACACUGAGCCUUUGCCGUCUACACUUCCCCGGGUACGACCCAAACGAACACACGAGUCGUCACGUCCUGGCAGUGAAUACGACCCCCUCAAUAUCGACAAUAUGGAAGAGGAGAUUGCUCGUAGUGAAAGCAAAGGUCGUGGGACCAUCGUUGCUGUUGAUCUCCUUCCAAUGAACCCCAUUCCUGGCGUUCGAUCUCUUCAGAUGGACUUCCUGGAGACCAAAACGGAUGAUGCGAUUAUAGACCUCUUGGAUUCGUCCAUACCUGGACUCAGACGACGGAAGAUGGGUGAAGCCUUGGUGGACGUCGUGCUCUCGGACAUGGCCCCCGACUUUUCUGGAAACGUUUUACAUGACACGGAGCAGUCGUAUAGAAUUUGUCUAGCGGUGCAAGACUUUGCGGCGCGCCAUUUACGAACGGAGAAGCAGAUUGGUAGACGACUCGGAGGCGUGUUGGUGCUGAAGCAUUUUUCUUUUGAGGCUAUGAACGAGUUUCGGAAAGAGGAACUGGAACCCCAUUUCAGCGACGUCCAAUACAUCAAGCCGCCAUCGAGCAGGUCGGAGUCACCUGAGAGCUACUUUGUCUGUCGCGGAUGG